AUGGCUUCCAACCCUCCCGGAGAAUGUUGUACCAAAGGCUUCAGACAUGGAGCCACGGGGUCUGGGGCAGAGCCCCAGCCGCCGGAGGCACUCACCGACCCAACAAUUGACUGCCACAAAAGAAAAACACUAACAAUUGAAACAGAAGGUGAAGCUUCUGGAAAGACUGUCGACUUUGGCGGAAUUGCCUCGUACAUUGUAGGAGACCAAUCAUCCAAGAACGUGCUUCUUUUCCUUCCCGACGUUUUUGGUCACGAGUUCAUCAACAGUCAAUUGUUGGCUGACCAGUAUGCCGAGGCCGGAUACUUGGUUGUUUUACCCGAUAUUUUCAAGGGAGACACUAUUCUUGCCAGACAGAACGGACCAGCUUUCGACUUUGCCAAGGACUGGCUGCCUCACCACACUCCUGAGAAGACCCGUCCUGAUAUUGACACUGUCUACGAAGAGAUUGUGAAGAAGUACGCUCCUACCUACAUUACAGCUGUUGGAUACUGUUUCGGAGCCAAGUAUGCCAUCCAACUUCUCGGCGAGAAGAAGGUUCACGCCGUGGCUGUUUUCCACCCCUCGUUUGUCACCAUCGACGAGAUCCGUGCUAUCAAGGGACCUCUCUUCAUUGCCGGUGCCGAGACCGAUACUAUCUACACCGAAGAGUUGAGAAAGCAGACCGAGGCCACUCUCAAGGAGAUCAAGGCCACCUAUUUCACGACCCUGGCCUCUGGCGUCGAGCACGGAUUCGCUGUCCGUGGUGACAUCACCAACCCCAUUGUCAAGUUCGCUAAAGAGAAGGCUUUCUGCGACGCCGUCGCCUGGUUCAAGCAGUCUUUCCCCAAGAACUAA